CAGGGACAUCCCCUAACUUACUCUAGACUAAUUAGCAUUAAAGGCUGGACCUAAAGGAGUGUCUAAGAUAUAUAGAUUGAAUGUCAGGAAACUACAACAUGUAUACAACUCAGAUUGAGCUACUGAAGUUAAGUAAAGAAAAAGGCUGUAUUCUCCAGUGAUCAUGGACAAACCAGUAUGCUUGAUUGACACGGAGUCAGAUGGGAAGCUGUGUGUGCAGCAGUCAGCUCUACAGAUCCUGCAGCAGAUCCAGCAGCCAGUGGUGGUGGUGGCCGUGGUGGGUCUCUACCGCACCGGGAAGUCCUACCUGAUGAAUCGCCUCGCAGGACAACAAACAGGGUUUGCAUUGGGCAGCACCAUCGAGUCCAAGACGAAGGGCAUCUGGAUGUGGUGUGUGGAUCACCCCACUAAAGCAGGAACCACUCUGGUGCUGCUGGACACUGAGGGACUCGGAGACGUGGACAAGGGGGACUCAAAGCAUGACACCAAGAUCUUCUCUCUGGCCGUCCUUCUGAGUAGCACUCUAGUGCUGAACAGCCGAGGAACUAUUGACAACAGGGCCAUAGAGGAACUGCAAUAUGUCACUGAGUUAACAGAGUACAUCAAGAUCAAAUCACCUAAUGAAGUUGUAGAUGAUUCAGAGUUUGUGAAGUUCUUCCCCAAAUUCAUCUGGGCUGUGAGGGACUUCACUCUGCAGCUAAACAUCAAUGGCCAAGAUGCAACAGAGGAUGAAUAUCUAGAGUUUGCUCUGAAACUAAAACUAGGUAACUCAAGUCAAGUGAAUAAUUACAACCUUCCAAGAGAGUGCAUUCGUAAAUAUUUCCCAUCACGGAAAUGUUUCACCUUCCCAUUCCCAACCCAUCCAGACAAUGUCUCUUAUCUGGAGACACUGGACCCAGCUGAGAUUUCAAAAAAAUUCUUGGAGGUCUCUGAUCGUUUCUUCCAGUUUAUCUUUGACCAGAGCCAAGUGAAAAAUUUGAAAGAUGGACACACAGUCACCGGCAGAGUUUUGGGCCAUCUUGUGAAAAUGUACGUGGACACAAUCUCCAGUGGGGCUGUGCCGUGUCUGGAGAAUGCUGUGAUCGCCAUGUCAAUGAUUGAGAAUGAAGCUGCAGUGAAGGAAGGACUUGAGGUUUACCAGAGUGGAAUGGAGAAGCUCAAGGACUCCUUUCCUCUGGAACUGAAUGAAAUCACCUCUGAACACCAGAGUUUCAGCCUCAUGGCAACACAAACCUUCAUGAAACGCUCCUUCAGGGACCAUGAUGGGAAGUACUUGACAUCUUUAGAGGAAGCCAUCAGUCGUCAGUUUAAUGCGUAUCUCUGGGACAAUGAGAAGGCUUCGGAGGCAAAAUGUGAAAGUCUUAUGUCAGUUCUCUCUGACCCAAUGACAGAAAGAAUCAAUCAAGGAUUUUAUGCCAAACCUGGUGGUUACAUUCUCUUCUGCCAGGACCUGGAGGACAUUGUGAAUCAGUACAAUACACUGGCCUGCAAAGAAGUCAAGAUUGCUGAGGUGUUGGAGAAGUUUCUACAGGAAAAGGCUGCAGUGACCACAGCCAUUCAGCAAGCUGACGAUAAACUAACCGAUAAUGAAAGAUGGAUUUGUGAGGAGAAAGAGAGGGCAGUCCUUCUGGAACAGGCAAAUAAAGCCCAGGAACAGAAACAGCGUCAACUGGAGGAGAAGAUGAAGACUGAACAAUGGAAUAAUGAACAGAGGGUGAAACAGGUCACACAAAGGAUGGAAGAGGAGAUGUCCCGCCAACAACAGGAGACAAAGCGUGCAAUGGAGAGUAAACUGAGAGAGCAGGCUGCCCUGAUGCAGAAUGGCUUUCAGGAGAAAGCUGACAGGAUGGCCUGGGAGAUAGACGAGUUGAAGAGAAAGAACGCAGAGGUAGAGGUGACAAUGUCGAGAAAUUAUGCACAAAUGAUAGCAGAUCAGCAGCGAAGAAAUGAACAGAACAUGGAAGUGCUGAGGCAGCAACACAUACAGCAGAUGCAAGAAAUUAAUAGCAGACCCAGACCCACAUCUCAAUCCUCCUGUUCUAUACUGUGAAAUGUGCUGAAAGAUGUAGUUCACUGCUUUUAUUCAUAAGUACUAUAAUCUUACCGAAUUUGAUGUGACUUUUUGUUGUUUUAAAAUCAUAGCUACAAACUUAUGUUAUAUCACAGCUGUUUCAAGUUCUGCAUUUUGUCAAUUCAGUAUGGUAAUGUCUGAUCACCGAUUUAUCUAAAUUACAUGGGCUGGUGGGAUGAUUUUGGAAUGAUUUAGAAUCUGACAGAAACAUAUCUGAUAGAAAUAACAUUGUAACCACUGUCUAAAUGAUUAUAUUCUUUUUUCUUUUCUUUUUUUUUUUAGCUUUGAUAAACAUCAGAUUUAUUAGAUUUCAACCAAUUUGAAUUAGUAGGGAAAACUUCAUAGGCUGAAUGUCAUAGGGUGUUUUCACACUUUUCAGGGGUCUGAGUGUGGUUUGCGUGAUUUUUGGCCAAUAUGUGUACACUCCAAACGAUCUCAGACUCGCUUUCAGCUAACGUUUAACGUUCUGUUUUUAGUACGUUUAGCUAAAAAUGUCCACUGUGAACACAAAUCAGUCUGGGCUCACUUGAUUUUUCCAUUCAUGAAUUCCAAUGUAGUUUGGUCAUCAGAUGCCUCCGUACAACCGUACACUUGUUUAUUGUCAUUUCAACCGCUUCCAAACUGUGUGAGAUAGACACGGCUGCAUGCCUUGCCAGUUUAAAAUUUUUGAUAUCCACCUUAUUCUGACUCCUAAUGGCGCUUUGUGCAAAUUAUGGGUGUAACUUCCAUUAAGCUGUAAACAAUCAGAAAAAACUUGCUGUAUGAUUGCAAUAUGUUUUUGUUGUUGUUGACAUUAUUCUACUCACCCUUCAACCAUUGAACAUUAAAAGGACAUUUAAAAGUAUAAAAGCAUAAGGUACUUUCAACAGACCAUGAAUAACCCCAAAAGUGUGAUUUUUUCCACAGCAAUAACGGACGGGAUAAAUAUCACUGUCGUAACAUAUAUCUGUAUUAUGCAACAUAUGUUGCUUGCUGAUCUGCAAAUCAGUAUGUGAAUUCAUCCAAUUAGAGUUGCACACUUGUAGAAUUUUUUUCUUACACGUUUUUUUUUUUCUUGGAUAUUUUUCUAGCACAAACACAAGUACAUAAAUACAACUGCUUGAAUCUGC